AUGCCUUUCGCAUUUACGUUGCCCACCACUUCGGCCCUCCCCUUCUCAUCUUUCGUUCACAGUACGACUCACCCUUCUUUGCCGCUGGCUGCCUCGACCCAUCGAAGUGUGUUCCGGAGUGUACUGAAGAAACACAAACGUCUUCCUCCCUCGUCCAGAACGUCCUACUUGAGCACCAUCCUAGCUACCUUCGACGACUAUCUACCCUACCUGCUUACGCUAGAGGCUGCGUUGUGCGGAAAACCAGUCAAUGGGGAAGAGAUAGACCUGGCGCUCAAGAAAGAGAUUGAUGUGGAAUGGCGGACUACUUUGACAGCUACAAUCCCAGGGCGAGAGCCUCCUCGGGUCAAAGGCAAAGGGCUAGACUUCGAGGUUUCGUUCGUACUCCAUACACUCACGUGUCUCUAUACGUUACAAGCAAGAGCGCAGCUUCUAGCUCUGUAUGGAGCAAUUACUCCUACCGCUGAACAGAGAACCGCUAUCAUCACGACAGCCACCAAGCAGCUUCUGCAAGCGAACUCGAUCCACAAUUACCUAGCAUCACGCGCUGCUAAAAUAGACGCCUCUUGUGCAAUUUUGGAGACUCUGGCUCAAACACAAGGCGGUCUUGCCGCGUUGGCACUUGCCGAAGCUACCCUUCUGGCCGUGUUGAAAGAUGAUCCAUAUCCUGCAGUAGUUGCUCAAGAUCGUAAUAAGAAUGACAAAGAUUGGAUGAUCAAGCCCCCAGAAAUACCAAAAGUGCGAGCUCAUCUGUUUGCAAGGCUGUGUCUUGCAGCCGCGGAACACGCUGGGAAGGCCGAGGCCAUGCUGAGCGCCUCAGGCCGAAUAGACGAAGCAUUGAUCAAGUAUGUCAAUGGACUAAAGAGGACCUCGAGAGCAAAAGCGUGUCGAUUCUUUGGCAUUGAUGCCGACUUGGGGGGUGAGACCGGGCAAGGAAUUGCGUGGCUCACUGGAGCUAAAAAGCAAUUGGGCUUUGCAGGCGCCAAGGAUGAGGGAUCGAAGAUGAAAGGCUUGGCAAAGUUCAAGAAAGACUGGACAGAGCGGAGAGAGGACAAGAAGAUAGAAAGAGGCGGUGAGUGGGGGAGUGACGCUGGUCGACUGGAGGAACUGAGAGUGAUUGAGAUGCUGGAACAGAAAUGGAACAAAAUAAAUGACACGAUAAAUACGCAAUUGAUACCCCCUUCUGAUCCGCUUGUAGCGAACAUGCCCUUAGGUAGGGAUAUUCAUUCGGUGAAGUCUUUUGUACCUCCCAGUCUCGAUGACGACACAUUGACACGCAUGCGUGCUCCGCCUGAUGUUGACGAGAUGAGUGAUGGUGAUGAUGAUGAGAGUGGCAGCGAUGAGGGUGAGAAGGCUCAGGCUGGCUUGCCUGGAGCUUUCCCGGGGUCCUCUUCCACCCCCUCGAAUGACAAUUCGUACUAUUAA